AUGCUAGGUCUGCUUUCAAGAACUCAUGCUCAAUACAGCUGCAAGCCGACACCAGAAUCACACGACUGGCCCUCGAUAACAGCAUGGAAUGCUCUGAAUGCCACCAUAAACGGAAGACUGCUUUCGCCGGUCAUUCCGGGAGCUGUCUGCUAUCCUUCACGUCCGGAAUUCAAUUCCGACCAAUGCGCAGACGUCACAUCCCAAUGGUCGAACACCUCGUUCCAUGCUUCGAAUCCUGUUUCGGUCGAUUACAACGACGAUACUUGCGUACCGGAAGGUAAUGUAACAUGCUCAGGUGAUGGCUAUCCAACAUAUGUUAUCAAUGUCCACAGCGCUUGUGACAUUCAAAGCGGUAUCAAUUUUGCCAGAGAGACCGGGGUGCGCCUGGUCAUCAAGGCAACGGGCCACGAUCUCGUCGGAAGUAGAUCGUCUGGCCCAGACUCGCUUUCUCUCUACACACAACAUCUGCGAGGCCUCGAAUUGAACCGAUCUGAUCCGAGAGCCACAGCACUCGGCGGAGUGGCAUCUAUGAAGAUAUACACUGGCGAGCAAUUCCGCGGCAUCUAUAGAUUUGCGGCAGACCAUAACGUUACCGCUAUUGGCGGCGGUGAUCCGAAUGUCGGUAUCGCUGGCUGGUUGAUGGGUGGCGGACAUGGUCCAUUGACCGCCAAGUAUGGCAUGGGUGCUGAUCAGGUCAUUGAGAUGGAAGUCGUGACUGCUGAUGGUAGACUACGGACUGUCAAUGAGAAGCAAGACCCUGAUUUGUUCUGGGCAUUGCGAGGCUUAAGUAAUUCACAUUAUCGGCACAGUGGCGGUGCCGGAACAUUCGCAGUGCUCGUCUCCGUCACGAUGAAGGUAUAUCCUGUCAUUCCCGCGAGCUACAUCACAUACGAGUAUUCAACGACGCCGAAUUCGGACACGUACUGGUCCUUGGCUGGAUUCCUGCAUUCUCAGAUCCCUGCAAUGGCAGAGAGGGGGCUUUCCGGAUAUUACAUCAUCGAACCGAACGACGUCAGCGAAGCAGACAUCAACAAGAGAGGCAAGCUUUCCGGUAGAUGGAUUGCGUUGGAUCUAUCCAAGGAGGCAGCUGCCGCUUUACUCGCUCCAGUCGAGUCAUAUGCGAAUGAGACAUCUUUACCAGAUGAUAUCUCUAUAAAAUCCAAUAUUACGACCACCACAUCCUUCAUGGACUUUUGGCUGCGGACAAAGGCGGCCGAUAGCGCCGGAUACAACGUUCGAAUGGGCAGUCGUCUGUUAACCAACACCUCCCUCCUCGGAUCGCAGGAGAAACUCAUUAACGCCUUGCGCACCGCCACAACUUCUCCCACAGAAUCAAAUUCGCCCUUGAUCCUCAUUGGCAGCAUCGUCGGUCCAGCACCCAACGCCCGCCACCGCAUAGGAGGUAUCGCAGGAGGUUCGAAUGCAGUCCUUCCCGCAUGGCCGGAGACCUACUCGCAUCUCAUGGUACCACGUACCUGGACGACCGGCGAUACAGCAGAGAAAUCAGCCAUCACCACCGACCUCCGCGAAAUCCGUGUUCCCGCACUGCGCGAUAUCGAGCCGGAGUCAGGAGCCUAUAUGAGCGAGUCUGACCCCACAGAAGUGGACUGGCAGCGGACGAAAUAUGGCGUCAACUAUGCCGGUCUUUUGAGUACCAAACAGCGUUACGAUCUGAGAGGUGUGUUCUGGUGCACGCAGUGUGUUGGAAGUGAGCUUUGGGAUACGAUUGGUGACUUUGGGGUUGAAAAUGGCGUCAACCAGAAUAUUGUCCGUCUCUGUCGGAAAUGA